GAGAGACACGUGGGGCGUUUAGAAGGUAAGAUCGAGUCAGCCGGGGACGUGAGCGAGCACGAGAGGGGGAUAGUCAUACAUCAGCCAAACUGGAACCGGUAGUGAGAAGAGAAGAUCAAGAGAAGAUAGAAAGAAAAGGAAGAGUGUGCAUUCAAAGCCGAAAUUUUUAGGUGCUCUUCCUUCUGAUCUCUCUCCCCUCUCGUUGGAGCAGAGCCAGUGGAAUGGACUGGUGGGACAAGAUGACGCUUCCUAUGAGAAGGCUUUGGAUCAACGUCGUUACUCAUCUGAGGAUCCGCGAGAAAGGGCUACUGAAGCUGCGGCAUGAUGUGAGGGCUUGUGAAUAUGAGGAUAUACAGAUAAUGUGGGAGAUGCUGCAAAAACACGAAACAGAGCUGUCUCAGUCUUUUGGAAGGAAAAAGAAAAGAUCCAUCUGGGAUUUCUUUGGCUGGGCGAGGUGCACUCCUUAUAUUUGUCGCAGCGGUUGAUCAUGUGCGCCAUGUCUUGUAUAAACUCUUUGUUCACAACACCAGUCACCGUGUACCCAAAAAAUCAAAUUUGGAUGAAGUUUUUUGACAAUAAAGAAGAAAGAAGGGCUCCAUAGAUGAGAGCCUUUUAUCAUCACAUGAACCAUCUGUAGAUACUAGCCGCCCCCAAAUGGUUAUGAUUCUUCUUGUACUUCCAUGCUUUGUUUCAUAUUGAAAUAAAACCCCUGUAUGGUAUAACUGUGUUCCGUGUUUUGAAUCGUGGUGUGGUGUGCUGUGCUGUUUCACGUAUGGUUUUUUAUGUAUGAUAUUUCUAUGAACAUCUAUGGUACAAAUGCUAUGACCUUUUCACUA